AUGGGCCAAGGAGCUGCCAAGGCGAAGCAAGGGGGUGAGGAGGCAGUGCAGAAGACCCCCGAGAAGAAGGACGCGAAGAAAGCGCACAAAUCCAGCGAUGCAAACGAGCUCAUCGAAUUCAUGAGGAAGAACUACGACGCCAAAGUGAAGUAUGUGACGGAGUUCGAUGAGUUCUACCACGCCAUUUACGAGCUUAUCGAAAAAUUUUGCGAGGAGAGAGGGCAGUUGCAGUACAGGAUACCACCAAAAGAGGAGCUCAAGGAAAAGUACGAGAAGUUCCACAGGGGAAGUGGGACGAACGUGAAAGCGCAGGAAUUCGAGAACAUCGCCAAGGCGAUCCUCAAGAUAGACAGCUUCACCUUCGGCAAGGCCGCCGUCGACAUCCUCGUCGUCCUCUUCGGCGUGCCGGUGUGCGCGCUCCUCACCAAGAGGUUCAUCCCGGGCCUCAAGGCCAUCUCCGACGACAUCGUCAUCCCGGCGGCCACCUCCGGAGCCGUCGUCUACCUCGCCAAGUCCAACAAGCUCUAA